ACUCUUUGGUCGUUACCUUAACCAGGCAGUGAAGCGCGGGCUGGAGCUGACGCGCGCGUUCACUGCCUGGUUGAUGACCCGGAUGCUCAGCGAGCGAGAGAGAAGCGCCAGCUGUGGACCUCUCGAGCACACUUGGUGGGGCGAGCAGAGGUGAGGAGGGCGCGCGCCCCCUUUUUGUUCCUCGCUAACGGCUCGGCGCUUGGAAUGCGGCUCGCGCCGGCUCCGUUAGAGGGGAGGGCGGACUGAGCCAGAGGUGGCUGGGCGGGCGAUGGAUGCGGAGUGUAGGGGUUCGGCUGUCGCCGCUUCCACCAUCACCGCGGGCUGAAAAAAUCAAACAUCUUCACUGAUCCUGGGAGUCCUUGCCUUGUGACUGACGCAAUGGAGAAAGUUAAUUCAGGAAAGCAAUGAAUACGUUGAAGGACUUCAGAAAUGCAGAAGGGUGAGGUUAAGGCCUUGCAUCUUUGACUCUGAAUUAAUUUUUGCCAGACACACUUUAUUUUAGAAAGGCUGAAGAAAAUUGAUGGUCCCAGCUUGAGUUAUAGUAGAAGGUUCUCAUGGAUGAAGGAGGUUCACAUACGCUUGAACUUGGUACAAUGGAGAAAAAUGGCUGUCCAAAGGAUGUGGAAAAGGGUGGUGCAACCAAUCAUCUUUCCUCAUUAAUUUCCGAUGAAAAUGAAAAUCGGAUUCGUGAGACACAGAAUUCACCGUUCACUAAUGACAGAAUGGAAGGAUUUGAUUGGACCAAACAAGAUUUAAUCAAUAACAAUGAAGACAGCCGUGAUAAAACUGACUUUGAGCUUAUGCAAAGUAACUGCAUGGAGACAGACUGUGCUAAUGAAUUUGAAAUUUCAAACAGCAUUGCUAAUCGGAGUGCCGAAUUUCCACUGGGGAUAGAUACAGUUAGGACUUGUGAUUCAGAAAUGGAAAGAGAACUGAAAACCGCCACUUCUGGAACCUUGGACGAAGCCACAGAAGAUUCUUCAGAGUUUUUAUGUACGUCACAGAACACCAUUUUAAAUGACAAACAUUCUGAAUUGGAAGUAAACUGUCAGCGAGUCGACAAGAAAAGACUUCUUCGGACUCUGCUGAACUGCAUUCAGAGAGAAACAGAGUUAAAUGAUUCCUAUAGACUGCCAUACUAUCUUCAUCAGAUCGCAGAAAUCUAUUUUGAUGAAGGAGAAUAUGGAAAAGCAAUACAGUUUAUUCAGCUGGAAAAGCUGUACCAUCAAAAAUUUCUGGCAAACCUUGCUGCUAUUCAGGAGGAAUGGGAAGUGAAACAGAAGGCAGCAAUCGCAAGGGAGACGACAGAACGGAGGUUUGUUAAAGCUUUAGAUGACUGCAAAAUAGUGAAGCUGUCAGAAUUCUGUGCAUCACACUCUAGACCAAAUGUAUCAGUAGACAAGGGAGAACAUGGUGACAGGAAAGAUACUGUGGAAUGCAACUCAAGUUUUGCAGACUGGCCUAUAGCUAUAUCAAGAGACCAAAGUGCAAAAUAUGAAGAUGCAUCAUUGGAAGUCACGAUAGACAGGGAAAAAGACUCUCUUGCAUCUGUACAGAUUGCAUUAACAGCGGAUAAAAGCAUUGAGAGAGACUCUGCAAUGUACUAUGCUGAAUCAUCAUUGGAAGAACAAGUAGAAGCAGAAAGAGCAAAGGGCGCGAUGCACUUUGAGACACAACAUUUGUACUCUGAAAACACUGAGAUGGAUAAAAGCUGCUUUCAGCCAUGUGCUACUAUGCCUUGCAAGGACAUUGUAACUGCUGCACAACAAAUCAAGACAGAGGGUUUCUCAGAGACCGGAGUUGUUAUAGACACUAGUCCGUUAAUCCCUGCAGAGGAAACUGAAAAUCUACAUCAUGAUUUGAAAUUUGCUGGCAAAGCUACUGAGGAAAAUGUGCAAACGCGGUUGUUGGAUUGGAACAAAACUAUUGAAUUCAUUGCAGAUGGCCUGGCUGUGUCCAAACAAAGCAAUCAUGCAUUUCAAAAACAUGUUGAAAGUGAUUCCAGUGAUUGUGUAAAUAAGGAGACUACAUCUGGUCAUUCAGAAGGAAGUACGAGGAUAGACGACCAAGCAACAAAGCAAAGCCAGACUGAUGUUUUGAAUGAAAUAAAUGAAUGUGAACAAAUGUCAGAAAAAGCAGCCUCAAAAGCGGAGGAGGAAAUUCAGUGCAGUGCUGCACUUAGUGAGAAUUGGAUAUCCUAUGAGGUUUCAGAGAAAUGGGGGGAGGAUGAGCAUGUUGAAGCAUUCUGCAGCUCUAUACGGGACAUUGUCUCAUCUAGUCAGAAAAAUGAUACUGAUGAGUUAUUGCAGUUGAAUGACAGUUCAUUUUCCUUGGAUGAGCUUGCUAAAAGGAUACAGAUAGAAGAGAAUACUCACCCAGAGGGCCUUGUGUCCAUACUGAAAAAAGGAAAUUCAGACAAAGAAAUCACAACGGUGCAACAGAAGCAGUCAAAGAGGAGAGUAAGAUUUCAGGAACCCCAAGACAUGCUAGAGCAGGAUGAGGUAAAUGGAGAUUCCUGCCUCCUUUUGGUUCUGUUGUGCAUUGUCACAGUACUUCUGAGCAUCGGAGGAACAGCACUUUAUUGCACAUUUGGUGAUCUGGAGUCCAGUGUAUGCAGAGACUUCACAACACAAGUGAACUUCUAUUAUGCUCAGUUCCAACAAGGUGUCGAGAAACUGAAGCACUGGCUGUUAUUUUCCUAAAAUGACAUAUCUGCUUAAAUAGAAUUGAAGUCAUUAUGUAAAUCAUGGUUCAGAAGGUUUAGAUUGAAAGGUUGAUAAUCUUGCUGUAUGUGCUGCGAAGAAAUAACUGCUGUAAAAUGCAUCAAUCAGUAGGACACACCACAGUAAUGUCAGAGCUGGAAUUUUGGAUCUCAACAAAAUAAAUCAUAGCUUAGCAUAGCAAGUAAGGAUAAAUAUGCAAUUCCAUUAAGUGUGGAAUGUGGGAACACAAAAGACUUGCCAGUCACUUUCAGAAAUUUGGCUUUUGUGUAAUUUACCUUUUUAGUGUGGCUGGUCGAUAAUUCAUCACAUAAAUGUGAACAUCUUUGUACGUUGAUUUUGUAAAAGGUUUUACUUAUCAGUUUAACGUCCUUUCCCUCUUUAAAAAUGGUGGAAGUUGUAAUCUAUAUAGCUUUUUUCAAAACUGUUUUAAUUGUAUUUGGGUUUCUUUACUGCCUCAAGUCUUUGUUUUUCUAUUGAUGUUUAAUUUGGCAGUGAUCUGGUUUGAAAGUUAGUCUGAUUUUAUUUCUGUCUACCUCUUCACCUUGUUCCUAUUCUUUAUUUCAGCAGCUUAGUCUUAAAAAAAAAAUGCAAACGCACACAAAUGUUUUGGAGCAGGUUGUUACUGCUAGGGUAAAAUUUUCUAUUUUCAUUUUAUAGUCAAAUGUACAUAUCUCUUAUCUGACAGGGUAAAUCACAAAGUAAACGAUUAGCUCUUAACUGGAAGUGUGUGAACAAGCAAGUUAUGACUGUCUUUAACAGGCAAUGAGAAAGCUUCUGCCUUGUCGUCAAGUUCGUUCUGUUGAAUUUUGUUUCUUCUUCCAUUUUUAGAUAAUCUUCUAAAUAAUUACUUUAACAAACUACGUGCUGGUGUUCUGCUUAUGAUGCAUUAGCAUUUCUUAAUUUAGCAGUUGAGUCAGAAUAUUAUGCAAAAGUAAGAUUUUGAAUAAUAUCUAAUUUAUCUACACAGCAAAUUCCCCCCUCUGAUCUGAGAGACAGGGACUUUUAAAUAAAGGCUGAUUGUGACCAAAAAUGCCUGGUCAACUCAUUUUGAGCAGUAUUGACUAGCAUUUGUGUUUGGCUUGCCUGCUACUUUACAGAUCAGUGGGAUCAUACAGGCCUUUUGUUGAAUUACACUUUUAUAAUUACUCACUGUGUAUAAAUUUAUGUUGAAUAUUCAUGGGCUUGUUCCUUAGAAAGCUAUCUUUCAAUUUGGCAUAUUUAAGUUUUAACCUUGUUACAUUGAAAUUUCUGUUCAUGUAGAAAUCUUUUACUCUUUUUGCUUUUCUAUGGUACUACAACUGAUGGUUGAAAGGUGAGAGUCUGUUCUAUUCCCAGGCUUCCACCUUUGCCAGCGUUGUCUGCAUCUUGUGUUCCAAGAUUCUGUUGCUUAGUUUAUCUCAAGAUUACAAAAGACUGAUCAUGUGAUAUAAUUUUGGGAGGAUACAUGUUUCAGAAGUUGGUGAUUUAUUACUAGUACAAGAGCAUGCUAUGGGCACUGAAAGAAUUGAUAACUUGAUGUUUGAUUUCUAUUGCACCACAAACACGCACAAUCUUGUAAAAUAUGUGCUGACUCUGAAGUGUGAAAAAGUCAUCUUAAAGGGAAAUUAUUAAUUCAAGCCCAUAAAUUUAUGUUUAAAAAACUGCAACACUUAAGAGCAGGUCUCUAUACAAAGAUUCAGAAAUGCAAAUGGAUAAUUCCCUUACCACCCAAGUGUCAUCAUACGCAUUUCUUAAGCCUUGCUUCUAUAAUCGGUUUCCUAAUUCAUUAGCAUCUACAAAUAUUGUGUAUAAAUGAUUCUUACUGUUAAAGAAAAUAGAUGCUACAAUUGCACAGGUUUCUCAGCAUCUGAGGAAAAAAAAUAAUUUAACGUUAAGGUCCAAAGACCUGCUUUGCCCAUCUUUUGCUGAAUUUUUAACUUCAAGCUUCGUUUUUGUUCUUCUUGUUGGCACUAAUUCUGUUUAACAAGUCUGUAUGUACAUAGGAGUGAGUGCUUACUGUUAAACUUUUCUCAUAUAAUGGUUCUGGGUAUAAUAUAAUUCUGGCAUGUUGGACAUGGGGGUUUGCCAGUAAAUCUAUCCCUUAGUUUGAAUGAUGUUAUCAAUUAAAUGUGUCAGUAAAAGGGCCUUAAAUUUUACAAUAGCAACUUAACAUAUCUAUGAAGUUGCCAGCUUUUAACCUAAACUGUGUCAUGGUGCAUGAUUAUACAGUAGAGGGCAGAAUAUAUUCAUUGUGUGUUACUGGCUGGAUCAGUGCACUAUUCUAAAAUGGUAAUAAUGGGAAAUGUAAUUUAUUUAAUGUAAAAUAUGAUGUGGAGCAAAUCAUGACUUAUUUUCCUUCUGUUUUGUAAAUUCAAAUUGGCAUGUUGACAUUUUAGAAAUCUAAGAUUUAGCUUUGUAAUAUUAGAGAUAGUUAACCUCUGACUUUGAGUGCAUAAUGUACAAAUUGUUAAAUGUUUUAACUUUUUUUUUUAUAUAAUGUUGUACCUAUUGCAUUCUUCACCAGAAAUAUUUUAACAGGUUCAUCUUAAUGUCAUGAAGUCUAGUGAUUUUAUUAGUAUUGGUUUGAAAUGUAAAACUUAUAUUAAGAAUUGUGAUUUGAAGAUGAAAUUAUCUGGUGUGAAGUGAAUCAUGUAACUUCCAUCACUAGUCAUCUAUUUUGAGAUUGAAACUUGUGAUUUACACUGAUCUUAAAUAGAAAAUCAAGAGUUUAACCAAGCAUUUUUGUUUGAGUUUUCUCUUUUUAA